UUAUUUUUUUCCCUUCAGCACAACAGUGUCUGAAAUAGUCUCGACAAAAAAACUGUUUUGCAUAAAUCAAAUUUACUUUUUAAGUAAUUUUUUUUUUUUUUCGCAAUGUUGAGACAAACGAUCAAUUGUAUAAAAUAUCGAGCUAUUCCACAAAUUCGGAAUCGAUCGACAUUGGCAAAUGCGGAACCUUCAAAAUGGGAUCUACUGGUCGGUGUGCAAAUUGAGCGAUUGCCAGUCAUAACAAAAACAUUGAACAAACUAGAACGUGAUUAUCAGGAUCUAUUGCGGCAAAUAGAGUUUGAAAAUAGCUAUAAAUCUGAUUUUGAGCUUCGAGAAGAGAGAGAAAUUCAAAAUGUGAAUGAAGGCAAGGCCAAAGUUGAAGGGGAUGAUUUGUAUGGUGUAGUCAAAGACACGGCACUUGAUUUAAAAGAUGCAUGGAAGUCAGAGCUGAGUAGAUUUCAACCGGCAUCCCGAACCACAGAAGCCGAUCAAAAAAAUGAUCUAAAAUCAACGGAACGUAAACUUGAUCAUUCUCUAACACUGAUUGUAGAACAACAAAUUGGCAACGAUAAUAUUUUCAUGCUACCCCAAGGGAAAAUUGCCGAGAAUGAAACAUUGUACGAUACUGCUCAACGAGUAAUUAAAGAAUUUUGCGGUGACAAUAUGGAAACGGUGGUUUAUGGAAAGGCUCCAAUCGGAUUUUAUAAAUACAAAUACCCAAAAACCAUUCGGGGUGAGGUUAUCGGUGGAAAAGUAUUCUUUUAUCGUGCCAUUUUAAAAUCGGGACAAGUAAAUAACAAAAAUAUCAAUUUUGAAUGGCUAGACAAAUCCGAAUUAUUCGCAAAAGUUGACAAAUACAAAAAUUAUAAGAAAAGUAUAAGCCCAUUUAUUAUUUAAAUUGUUUGACAUUAGUCGGUCAUUAGAGAACAACGGACAUUAAUAAAUAGUAUAGAAAAACUCAAAUGG